AUGGGAACACACCGUCCACAGACAUUCUCCUCUCAGAAGAUGUAUGGCACCAUAAAUCUAACAAUUGCAGCCAUCUGUAUUUACUAUCUGCCGAGUGCUUUGGCGGAUCUCGAGUUCUCGUGUUCAGCUGACGCCACGGAGCGUGAGGGUACAUGCGGCUCGCACCUCGCCGACACCAUAUCCCUCAUCUGUGGUGGAGUAUUCAAUAUGCCGGAUAAGAGGGACGGCCCCGCAAUACGAGCCAAUCCCUGGUCACGGUUCCGGAGCAUUGUAUUGGGGAAGAGAGACACGCAGCGCGCCCUGGUGGACAACAACGAGGACUGGAAAGACACAGUGAAGGCUCUAGACAAAAUUAAACGAAAAAACAUAGCGAAGCUUAAAAAAGUAUCACUGACAAAGCGAAAUGCGUUUCAAUACAUAUCUACCUUACGAGUAUCUGGUGUCGUGUGUGAGUGCUGUGUCCAUGACUGUGAUUGGUUCGAAUUCUCCCAAUACUGUGGAAAGUAG